AUGACCCCAUCACAUUCAUCUCACUCCAACAUCAUGUGCCCGGCCCCGGAAACCAUACCCUACCACCAAUAUAGUAUACAAAUGGAACAACCACCCAUUCUUUCAUCAUUCAGGUAUGAGAACAUUGAAACGAUGCGGGACUUGCCGAUAAUGGAUUGUCGAAGAUCGUUGUAUACUGUGUAUUAUAUAUUCUUGUUUUGCCCCUGA